AGCCUCGUUCCAGCCAGCAUUGGUUCCUUGGCGUAGUUCCAACUCUUUACGUAGUCAGGGCAAAGUCUAUCACGGUGUGAAGGGCUGGCAAAGGGCGAGCCGCCGACUCUCCGCUCUCUUGCUCUCUCCACAAGUCACUUAAAGCGGAGGUUCCGCUCACGCGUUCAGACGAUCUCACUCAAUUUCCAGCACCCGGACUUUGUGGCAAGAAUGUUUCUGCAACGUUCUCGCUUACAUUAUACUGUCUGUGCGUUGGUGCGGCGGCCGAGGGCUAUCUCGACACGACCGGCUGAGGCUGCUGCUGCGCGCACGAUCGCACGCUUCCGCGCACCGACGCCCUUUCACGGCUUCCCGUCCUGCGCAACGGCAUCUCUAACGUAUUCGCCACAACAGUCUUUCGGAGCUCAUAUCAUUCGAACCUAUGCCACGAAUAGCGCACGAAAGCUGGAAAGCGCCGCUGUCCAAAAGAAAUUGGUAGAACGGCUGGUUGAUCUAUCAAAGAAAGAGCUACUAAAACACGCGAUAUACUAUGGAGUGCCUUGUACCAGCAAAACGCCAAAUGAAGAGAUCGCGGAAAAGAUCGCGGAGACGUUGACGUCGGGGAAGCCGCUGCAGCUGAAGGAGAAGGCUUCAAUCCCUUUGCCGGCUUUGCAUAGCUUGCUGGAAAUGUCUCUCAAACAGCUCAGGGUCAUGUGCAGCUUCCUGCAAAUCGAAGAGCAGGAGUUCAAAGACGAGCACAUCGACCGGGUUUUGAUAAUCCAUAGACUAGUCUGGGAAGCGCAGGCUAAUCAACGAGCUAUGCACGUGCUCGCAGACCGCUUCAGAAGGUCUCUGUCGAGGGAGGAUAUGGUGAUAGUUGCAAAGCUUUGCGGUGUGGAGACAAGGUCCUCUGACAGGCGGUACCUUAUGACACGUCUUCGGAAAAGAUUUACUGAAGGCUUCGUCUUCGUACGGAACACGGAAGUUGAUGGAAGAACGGGGCUGGUGUCAGGCGAAUCUGUCUCGGAGAUCGAAAUGCAAAGCGCCCAAUCUACAUGUGCACAGAAUGCGCCAGGUUCAACCCUUCCACCGUCGGAACUGCAAACCCCGAAAACCGCUAGCGCCAAGACCGAAGCCCAAACCAACGCCACCCACCCCCAGAAAGCAGGGAUCGGCCGAGCAAAAGCGAAACAGUCAGCAACAUCAACGCGCGUCAUACUGCCUGAGGUUGAGACAAAAGCCAUGCCGCUCGCUCCCCGCGACCCGUCUCCGUCCGCGGAAGCCGUAACUCCACAAUCCUCCAAUGAAGAUGGUCGAGGGAGCAAGAUCCAAACCAAAUGGAAGCAGCCAGUUGCGGGGAAAAUUUCCUUUCAGCACAAGGGCGAGCCGAAAGUGCACAAAUUGACACUGUCUGAACUUAUCCAGUACGCAGCCUCCGUUGGGCUCGCGACCACCGGUACGAAGGAUGAGCUACGAAUCCGAGUCAAGGCGUUUUUGAAAGAAAAUCGCGCGAAGCAGCAUCCGCCCUACAACAUGAAAUUACAUGAAGCUGUUCAGUACGCAGAGUCUGUCGGGCUCUCGUCCGCUGGCACUAUGGAUGAGCUACACGAGAGAAUCAAUGCAUUCUUGAGAGAGCAUCGCGCGAAGCGGUCGCCGCUCCGCUCUUUGACAGGACGUGAAGGUGCACAUUACGCAGAGUCCAUUGGCCUCUCGUCCGCUGGCACGAGGCAGGAGAUACUAAAGCGAAUCAGGGCAUUUUUGGGAGUGAGUCGCGCGAAGCAGCAGGCGCCUGGCGAAUCAGAGGGUGAGGAACCCGAGGAGAAGAGAGACACCAUGUCCAAAUCGAGCAAGACAUCAAGAGCCAAGCAACUAACCACCGAUCAAAGGUCUCCGAAAGCGCUCGAUUUCGCCACUAUGACAGGGGAACAGCAAGCCGAGGAGCAUAAAGAAGGUCGGCCCAAAUCAAACCCUCAGAAACCAACCACAAACCAAGGGUCGCAGGAAGCGCAGCCCGAUUUACCCGCUAUGGCAGUCGAACAGCAACCUAACGAGAAGAAAGAAAGUGCGCCUAAAUCAAAGGAGAAUUCAAAACCCCAGAAAACAACCACCAACCGAGGGUCCCCAGAAACGCCGUUUGAUUUCUCCACUAUGACAGUCGAGCAGCAACCCAAGAAGAAAGAAAGUACGCCCGAGAAGAAAUCGAAACCAAAGAAACCCACUAGGAACCAAGGGUCGCCACAAGCGCAGCUCGAUGUCUCCACUAUGACAGUCGAGCAGCAACUGGAGGAGAAGAAAGAAAGUGCUGCGCCCAAAUCCAAAAAGAAGAAAUCAAAAGCUGAGAAACUGACCACCAAUCAAGGGACCCCGGAAGCGCGGCUUGAUUUCUCCACCAUGACAGUCGAGCAGCUCAAAUCCCACGUCCGACGGUACGGCCUUCCUCUGGCCGGCACGAAACCCUUUCUGAAACGCCGACUCGAGAACCAUCUGCAGGAGAUAAAACCCCUUCCAAGCCCUCGCACGAUCGUCGCGAUCGACGUCGGUGCGCUCAACCUCGGUUACGUGCGCUUGACCGUCCCGCCGUUCGACGGCGCCGACGAAAAACCGACCAUCACGGAUUGGGGACUGCUGAACAUGAGCGCACCAUUCAACUCCCUCUCAGCAAUGGCGUCGGAAUGCGUGGGCAUCGCAGACCGGAUCACCAACCCGCCCGCAGACAUCUACAUCAUCGAACGCCAAUCGUGGCGGUCCGUCGGCGGACGCAUGGCCAUCCCCGUCGCGAUCCUGGCCUCGCGCACGAUCGAAGGAAUGCUGAUCGCGCUAUUAUCCGACCAACGCCGCGCUGGCGGGAAGGUGCAGGAUAUGACCCCCGGAUCGGUCUCGCAGCACUUUGAUCUGCACAACAAACUGAAAGCGAAGACCGGCACCAGCGCGGCCGUCGUUACCAGCGGACACUAUGCGAAGAAGGACAACGCCGUUUCAUUGGUCAAGAGCCUUGUGAAAGGCGGGUAUGUGACCUGUCCUCCCGGAUUGCUGGAGAGGUUUUUGAAUACGCGGAAGAAAGAUGAUAUUAGCGACGCGUUGUUGAUUGGGUUGACGUGGAUUGAUCAGUGGACUGCGGCAAAGAAGGAUGCGGCGUUGGUGGUUGAGAGAUGUGGGGAGGAGGAGUUUGUGGUUAGUGAUCCGAUGGAUGAGAGGUUGAGUGCCGUGGCGGGGAUGUGAGGGAGUUUUCUUGGGAUUUUUGGGGCAUCUAUGUUGUGGGAGAAGUGUAACGAGUCCUUUUUGGAACGGUUCGGAUGGCUGUUUGGGUUUUUCAACCCGCCUCUGAUGAAGGUCGGAAACAAGCUUGCGUGUUCCUUGGAUUGGAAUGCUCUCAUCAUGUAAAUAAUACCGUCAUAGUAACAUGAGAUGCAAAAUGAUUCCAAUUUGAG